UCCCAAAAUUAUUAACAAUAAAUACUCUCACUUCAUCACAAUCAUCAUCUGCUGUCACCACACAACACAACAACACAACCAAAAGAGUUACUACUACUCUCUCUAAUCUCCGAUCAACCCACGUCGUCUCUUCUCUUUAUCACUAAUGGGUAAUUGCUGCGUCAGCUCCGGCACCACCGAUGAGGAAAACGAGAAUGUUGCCGACAAGAACACGACCAUUGUCGAAGAAGAGACAGUAGUCAAAGAAGUCUUGUCUGAGACAACUUUGUUAACUCCUUCUUCUAGUUUCCACGCUUCGACGAUCAAAGAUCCGGUGAAGAACAAGAUCCGAGACGAUGAUGAGAAGAAAAAACCCGGGUUCUUGAAAACUGGUUCAGACCCGGUUAUGAUCCGACCCGGUUCGAUUGAUCAUGAAGAAGGCUCGGAGGUUUCGGAGAUUUGUAGCUUGAGUCUGAGUGAGAGUGUGUCUUCGACGGUCGUGACGAAUGGUUACGAUGAGGAGGACGUGAUGAUGAAACAGAGGAAGUCUCAGAGAUCUCCGGCGAAGACUCGGACCCGGGUCACGGGUAACAAUAAUUACCCGACCCGGAGAACCGAUCAAUCUCCACGUAAGAGAAACAACGGUACGUGCAAUGGAGCGAGAUACGGGUCGGGUGUGAGAGACCCGGGUGAGAGAUCCGGAAGAAGGUCGAGAUCGCCGGCGACGAAUAGAUCGGUGAUGGAUCCGAAUCAGAAUAGUCGGGUGGGUGGGGCGAGGACUAGGAAGAACAAUCAGUCUCCGGGUCGGGUUAGACAAGAUCCUAAUAAAAACGGGUUGGAUCAAGAGCAGCAUCAGAAUUACGGUUAUACCACUGAGGAGUUGUUAGAGAACCCGCUUGUUUCGUUAGAGUGUUUCAUAUUUCUCUGAAAAAAUAUAAGAACGAAUAUUCCGGGGAAUCAUUUAUUCUCAUUUUGACAUUUGGAUUUGUAAAAUUCGUAAAAGCUACUAAAAUUACGUUACCUCUGUAAUUCUUCAUUUGUGUGUUCUACUUUUUUUUUCUGCUGAUUAAAAAAUUGUAAUUUCGGUUGAAUGAUGAAUAUGGUUAUAUGUUUUUUUGUUC